CAUACUUCAUAGGUUAGAAUUUCAUUUUACUGUCAAAGUGUCAAAUAUCCUCCGUUAGCUCAGCAAAAAAGUGUGGAUAUUUGAUUUAAAACUGCUGUUUCUUUAAAAAUAUACAAAAGUAAGAAGCAAAGCGAUCGGAAGAAUUAUUUUCUGUGAUACUAAAGACUCUAUUAUUUUACAGCAUUUUUAACAUGCCGCAAUUUAAAGUUAAAGUUAAGUGGGGAAAGGAGACCUACCCAGAUAUUGAGGUUAAUACGGAUGAGCCUCCACUCCUAUUCAAAGCCCAAUUAUUUGCUUUGACCGGAGUUCAGCCUGAGAGGCAAAAAGUUAUGAUCAAAGGUGUUACCCUGAAAGAUUCUGAUUGGACCAAUUUUAAGUUGAAAGAUGGGGUGACAAUUUUACUGAUGGGUAGCAAAGAAGAAGAUGUUCCUAAAGAACCAGUAGAAAAAACAGUGUUUGUAGAAGAUAUGAAUGAAAGUGAACUAGCUACUGCUCUUGAGUUACCUGCAGGUUUAACAAAUUUAGGAAAUACAUGUUAUAUGAAUGCCACUGUGCAGUGUCUAAAAGCUGUCCCUGAAUUGAGAGAAGCAUUGCAAACUUUCCAAGGAGGUGUGGCAGCAGGAGGUAGCGUAGUUCCAGCACAAUCCAUCACUGCAGCACUUCGAGAUCUAUACAGUAACAUGGAUAAAGGCAACGCAGUUCCUCCCAUAGUAUUACUCCAAGUGAUGCACAUGGCUUUUCCUAGAUUCGCUGAAAAAAACGAACACGGUACUUUCUCUCAGCAGGAUGCCAACGAAUGUUGGACCGAAUUAGUAAGAAUGUUGCAACAGAAAUUGCCGGCCAAGCAAAACGGUGGAACUACCAAAGAACAGUUUAAAUCAUUUAUAGACCAAUAUUUCGGCGGUACGUUUGAUGUCGAAUUAAAAUGUGUAGAAGCCGAAGAUGAACCGGUGUCUAAGAGUAAAGAGCAAUUUUUGCAACUUAGCUGUUUUAUUUCUCAAGAUGUUCGAUAUAUGCAUUCUGGUUUGAAAAAUAAAUUACAAGAACAAAUUACAAAAAAAUCAUCAACUCUAGACAGGGAUGCUGUAUAUACAAAAACGUCUAAAAUAAGCAGAUUGCCAGCUUACUUAACGGUCCAAUUUGUUAGAUUUUAUUACAAAGAAAAAGAAUCGAUCAAUGCAAAAAUUCUUAAGGACGUAAAGUUUCCAUUGGAAUUUGAUGCAUUCGAUUUGUGUACACCACAACUGCAAGAAAAAUUAGCACCUAUGAGGGCCAAAUUUAAGGAAUAUGAAGACGCUCAAGUUGAUCAAUCAUCUAAAGAAAAGAAUAAAAACAAAGGCGAUAACAAACAUCCAAAAGAAGAUAGGAAAUUUUCUCCUUAUUGGUUCGAAGAUGAUUUAGGAAGUAAUAACAGUGGAUACUACACUCUACAAGCUGUUUUAACGCACAGGGGAAGGUCGUCGUCAAGCGGUCAUUAUGUCGGAUGGGUUAGACAGUCCGAUGACAAAUGGAUAAUGUGCGACGAUGACAACGUUUCGCCUGUCACUACAGAAGAUAUUUUGAAACUAUCCGGUGGAGGUGACUGGCACUGUGCCUACGUCCUUCUCUACGGUCCUAGAUUGUUGGAGAUCACUCCUCCUCAGGAAGAAAGCAUGGUGACCGAAUAAUUUUAUAUAAUUUCUAAGACCCGGAUGCUUUAAAUGUUAAUAACUUUGUAUUCAACUUUGGAAAAGUAAAAAAACGACCCGAUUUUUUUUAUAAAUUAAAAUAAAACAAACGUUUCUUC